GCGACACUCAAGCUCGUUCUCCAGACGGCCCACAGGAACCGCCUGGCCUCUUCAGUCGCGAUCGACACCUACACGGCGCCGUCCAAGCACGUGAUGGCCAGCCACAUCAGCGCCGAGCUGGAGGGGCACAAGGGCCUGCUCGACUCCCUGCGGACGCAGGGCGCGGAGGGCAAGGACGCGGAGACGGAGCCCGACAUCGACAAAUCGGACCUGGAAGUCGCCGUCAGCUUCAUUCGCCUGGAGAGCUGCUACGACACGCAGAAGGUGAAGGUCAUCGCGGGCACCCCCAGCUGGGAGGGGCGCGCCCUCAUCCAGAGGGCGCUGAAGGCAGAGGCAGUCGCGACUCACCACAAGGGGGUAGCCCCUGCAGGCUGGCUCGAGGACGAGGCGGGCCAUUGGCUGGAGACGAUCAGUGACAACCUCUAG